AUAUUCUUGCUAAGUUUACAAAAUAUUGUGUGAAGCCAAUUAGAAUUGAUUAAUGUGAUCGACAUUAUAUUCGCUAUAGAGUUAUAAGAUAUAUUUAUUGAUAGAAUUUGUUGAAAAAGAUUAUUAACGGGUAUACCAAACUCUAAACGAAACGAUUCUCAGCUUGUCAAUAUAAUUUUAAUACAAAAUUAUUUUUUAGAAACACAAAACCAGUCAUGAUAAAAAGUUCUUUUAACAAAAACAAGUAACAUACACAUAAAAUAUUUCAGUUGUAGAGGAACCAUUCCGGAUACAGUGUGGACGUAUAUUUAUUAUACAGAUUCAAAAUAUUUACUCAAUCGCUUGGAAAUUCAUCUGCCAAUAUCUUUUACUAUUCCGCCUAGUCUUCAUACGCUCUUACUUCAGGAGGUUUGCAUCUAUUAUCACAUCUUUAGCUUAUAAAGUUUACAGUGUCAUGGAUGAUAUCUCAAGCAAAUUGGUGACUGAUCGCUUUUCCGAACAAGUAAAAAUGAAGCAGGAAAAUAAAGUAUCUAGUGUUGAAAAUCGCGCUGAUGUCUGCAUCGAUCAAAAUGUUACUAAGCUUACUUCUGACAACCCAGGUAUCAAUGAAACUUUGAAUGAAUGCAAAAAUGAAGGUCCAGUUGAAGAUGUUAGCAAAUUUACAGUCAAACCUGCUCCCUCUCACAUCAUUAAACGUUCCAUUCGAAGUGAUGGCCGUAAAAAUGUUAUAACUAGGGAUCCAAAUACUUCUUUUUUCACCAUCAGAAAGCGAAACCGUCCAUAUGAAUUGGUAUCAGGAAGUACAGUUAAGUCCAAUAAGAAUAAAUUUGACACCAACUUUCCAACUCAAACGGAAAUUAUGCAUGUUUCACGUUUACUUAAUCGUAUCCCAAAAGUUCAUCCCAACAAAUUCCGCGGUGACAUAAUAGAAUAUAACCCUAAUCACAGCUUUAGGGAAGGGUUUGAUUUUGAUGUGAAUUUGAUGCAAUCCAAUCGUGUUAUUUCCAAACAAAUUAAGAUCACUGAAAGCGAUCACUUUGGUUCUCUAUUCAAAAUGAAGGGUUUGUCUGACUUAAGCUGCACAAAUGACCAGAUGCUUGAUGCGCCUAUCAGGGAUGAUGUUCAAAUAAUGCAACUAAACAAAUCCGUUGGAUCUGUUGAACUUCUUCGAGUCAUUGAUAGCGAUAAUUGUUAUAUUUAAUAUUUGAGUUAUAAACACAAUAUUCAUUAAUCAUAUUUCGUUACUAACAUUUUUUAA